ACAGAUUUUAUAAACAAACACAAACUACCGGACUUUCUGACUCUGUGGUUGAGCCUGACCAGUCUUUGUGUUUUAAUCGGGUUUCUGCAUGGCGCCGUCGGAUCAGGACGUCGAGCGUGCGUUAGCAGCUAGGCUGCGCAGUGCGGAUUUCGAUAUAGACACGCUGAAAUCUAUUCGAAAAGAUGUUAUCAAGCAUCUUGAUCUUCCAGACGAUUUUUUCAAAGAUCAGAGAUGGAAGCAGAGGUCGGCUGAGAUAGUAGACAAAUUUGAAGGAAUUGAGAUAGUGCCACUGACUCCACAAAAGCAACUGUCUCCGAAGAAGAAUGAUAGCAAAGAGGUCACUCUAAGAAAGGUCUCUCCAGAAAAGGUCUCUCCAAAAAAGGUCUCUCCAAAAAAGGUCUCUCCAAAAAAAGAGGCAUCGCCAAAAUCAACACCAAACGGGAAGAAGCCAAAAGCAGAGGCGCGUCGAAAAAACGAGGAGGAGGAAGAGGAGUAUUCAGACGUUAUCGAUGACGAGCCUGCACCUGCGCGGAAACGAAAGACAGCAGACGAUUUGACACCAGCAUCACCGAGCAAAAAGCCAAAGAAAGAAAAGGGAUCUACGGCUAAGGCGAGUACCGAAUCUAAAAUGAAAUCAAGCACGAAAACGAAAGCGACGAAAACAAAACGAGGGUCUGCGGCAGCAGUAGUAUCAGACGAUCCUCUAGAACAGAAAAUCGCGACGCUGAAAUCCUGGAUCGUUAAAUGCGGAGUCCGGAAACAAUGGUCACGCGAACUACAACCGUACUCGACAAAGAAAGAGCAGAUCGCACACCUGCAAAAGAUACUCGCAGAUCUAGGUAUGACACCCCGGUACAGUCUCGAGAAGGCAAAACGAAUAAAGGAAGAGCGCGAGUUUCAAGCAGAGGUUGCGCAGCUGCGGGCUGAUGCUGGCGGCGCGUCGGGUAGUGAGGAGGAUGACGAUAGAGCAAAAUCAGGACCUGCUACGCGGGGACGGAAAGUGGUUGCUGGAAACUUCAGUGUGGACUUUCUGGGAGAUCAGAGCGAGAGCGACUAGACUCAAGCUUCAGCUCAGAUCACAGCUGUACUUUUACUAAUGAUUUUUAUUUGCAUAUACAUGCGUAUUCGCCUCCAAUGUACAACAUUAUCUCACUCAAGAACCUCUGAAUACU